GACAUGCCAAUCUAUAGGUUCAAGGUCAUUUUUAAUUACUUCUACGUUAAAAGAAGGUUUCUUUACCAAACCAAACCAAACCUGGAGAAGGAUCCUAAGAUGCCUGGAGUAUUCAGGAUUCAUCUUUGGAACCCCCAGGAUAGGUCACAUCAUGGCCGCGCUCAUCAGUGCUUUACAUCUAGGAUGUGCAUGUGGUCUUGCCUGGAAUACGAUUCACGUUGAAACUAGUAUUACAAGAAUCUUGAAUUCAAUUGUGUUCAUAAAUUUUGAAUUUCUCACCGUAACUAUGAGUGUAUUGCUUGGCUAUGUAAUUAAACAUACUGAAGAAUGUUAUGACGAUGGUUUGACUCCAAGAAAACCCUUGAUUUUGAUUAUAUUCGGCCUGAUGUGUUUGGGAUUGGUGGCAAUAGCGGUCGCAUUUGUAAUUUUGUACAGAGCAACUCUUUAUCUUUUGUUAGUAAUAAUUUAUGGUUUUCUUGCAUUGAAAUCACUGGUUGGGUUGGUUUUGUAUGGGACAGUUAUCAAUGGAUUUAUAUCAAGAAUGGAGAACAUGGAAUUCAAUUCUGGAAAUGCACUGCUCGACGGUCAAAAACAGUUGAAAACAUUUCGCCAACUUAAAAAGGGGUUUGGACCUUAUUUAUUUGUUCUUUUUUCAGUACACACUCUGGCAUUGGUUGCCAUUGUAUUUUUACUGAUUGAAUACUGGAAAUUAGGUAUUGCUACCAUUGACGUUAUUGAGUUUACUUUUCUCACUUUUUUCACUGGAUUGCCACUGUUGUACACAGUCCUGUUAGCCAAAGAUGCAUAUUCCACCUUUCAGAAUAUUUCACCAAUUCUAAGGUAUUGA